GAAAAAUGUUUUAUCUUAUUUUUCAUUAAACCUUAAUUGAGUUCAGUUUGAUUCAAAAUUUUUUGUUAAACUUAUUUUUCUUAAAAACAAUUCUUUUGGCACUUCCAAAUUUCACAUAUUAAAAUGGUAUUCAGCAAUCGUGAAACGGUCUCAAUUCACAUAGGUCAAUCUGGUUGUCAACUUGCAAGCGCAACAUGGGAGCUUUAUUGUUUGGAACAUGGAAUCACUUGUGAUGGAAAAUUAAGCGACAACAAAAUUGGCGACGAGGAUGAUUGUUUCCAUACAUUUUUCUGCAAAUCUCAAACUGGAAAGUUCGUUCCCCGAGGAAUUUUAAUUGAUACAGAGCCAACGGUUAUUGAUGAAGUUCGUAAUGGAAUUUAUCGAGAUCUUUUUCAUCCAGAUAUGUUGAUUAAUAGCAAAGAAGAUUGUGCCAACAAUUUCGCUCGGGGAUUUUACGCAAUUGGAAAUGAAAUAUUACCUUCUGUACUCAAUUCCAUUCGACGAGUUGCAGAACAAGCUAAUAGUUUGCAAGGAUUUUUUAUUUUUCAUUCUUUCGGAGGUGGCACUGGAUCUGGCUUUACUGCUCUAUUGAUGCAAAAAUUGAAUGAUAUGUUUGGGAAAAAAUCUAAAUUGCAAUGUUCAAUUUAUCCAUCACCUCAAGUGUGUACUGCUAUUGUUGAACCAUACAAUUCAGUGCUAACUACUCAUGAAUCGAUUGAUAAUGUUGAUUGCGCAUUCAUAUUCGACAAUCAAGCAAUUUAUGAUAUCUGUAAGAGCAAAUUAACCAUAGAGAGUCCAAGUUAUUUACAUUUGAAUCGCCUAAUCUCUCAAGUGGUUUCAAGUAUUACAGCGUCGUUGCGUUUUAGUGGUGCAUUAAACGUUGACAUGAAUGAAUUUCAAACAAAUUUGGUGCCUUAUCCUCGAAUUCAUUUUCCAUUGGCAAGCUAUUCUCCAUUUAUUCCUAUAGUAAAAGCAGUUCAUGAGCAAGUAACGGUUAAUGAUCUCACAUCAAACUUAUUUACAAAUGAAAAUCAAAUGGUCAAAUGUGACAUCAAGAAUGGAAAGUUUAUGGCAUGUUGCAUUCUUUAUCGAGGUGAUGUAACUCCAAAAGAUGUCAAUGUAGCUAUAUCGGAUGUGAAAUCUAGAAAAAUGCUUCAAUUUGUCGAUUGGUCACCAUGUGGUUUUAAAAUUGGAAUUAACUAUAAACCACCAACUGUUGUAGAAAGUGGUGAUUUGGCACGUGUGUCACGAAGUUGCUCUAUGCUAUCAUCAACAACUGCUAUUGCACAAGCGUGGGCUACAAUUGACCGUAAAUUUGAUAUGAUGUUUGCAAAACGUGCAUUCGUUCAUUGGUAUUGUUCGGAAGGCCUCGAAGAAAUGCAAUUUUAUGAAGCAAGAGAAAAUUUGGCUGCACUAGAAAAGGAUUACGAAGAAGUUGCGACUGAUUCCUGUGAAUUGACUGAAAGUCAAUAAUUUGUUUUUAUUUCACUAAUAAAUAUAAUUUACUUUAAAAACACUUUAAUGCUAAAUUCAUUCAAGGGCUAAUCCAAGGAAUCAGCCCUGGAUAUCAAACAG